AUGAUGAUGAUGAUGUGGAUCACAGUUGUUUCUAUACAGCCUGUUUCUAUACAGCCAGUCGCUCAGCCUGACCCAUGGAUCUCUGCUGGUGUUGGUGAGAACGUGACUCUGAGCUGCUUUAAGUUGAACGACGAUAACUCUGGAUCUGUCGUUUGGUACAAACAAAAAGUCGGACACGAGCCUCGCGGAUUAGUCGCAGUUCAACAUGAACCCGUUUAUGAAAAGGAGUUUGAACCACCAAAAUUCAGCAUCAAGAAAAAUAAAAAAAGCUGCCAUUUAAAAAUCGCUAACGUGGAACCAUCAGAUGAAGCCGUGUAUUACUGUGGAUACAGAAUAUUUUUAACGAGUUUUGGAAACGGAACAUUUUUAUCAGUCAAAGGUACUGAAGAUGUAAAAGUGAGGGUGUGGCAACACAGCACGUGGGACUCAGUCCCUGCAGGAGCCUCAUUGACUCUGCAGUGCUCGGUUCUCUCUGAGAGCAGAGCAGCAGAACUCCAAGUGCUCUGGUUCAGAGCUGCUCCACCACAAUCCCAUCCUCAAAUCAUUUACACUCAUCAUGACAGCAGCCGUCAGUGUGAGAUCGACUCUUCUACACACACCUGUGUGUACAACUUCUCCAAGAACAUCCUCAGCCUCUAUGAUACUGGAACUUACUACUGCGCUGUGCUCCUGUGUGGGAAGAUCAUCUUCGGGAAUCCAAAACGCUCUGAAAAAUAA